GCAUUUCUAUUUAGAAUAUAUUUCAUAUUUAUUAUUCUAUAAAUAUUCAUUACUAUAAUAAUCAUUAAUAGGAUAAUCAUUCUCCAAUUUUCAUUCAAAUCGACUAAUAAUUAAUACUAACCCAGUAUAUUUUCCACAUUCAUAGGAGUCAUUUAUGUUUCUGCUUUACGAAUAUGAUAUUUUUUGGGCAUUUCUAAUAAUAUCAAGCUUUAUUCCUAUUUUGGCAUUUCUAAUUUCUGGAAUUUUAGCCCCGAUUAGCAAAAGACCAGAGAAACUUUCUAGUUAUGAAUCGGGAAUAGAACCAAUAGGCGAUUCCUGGUUACAAUUUCGAAUCCGUUAUUAUAUGUUUGCUCUCGUUUUUGUUGUUUUUGAUGUUGAAACAGUUUUUCUUUAUCCAUGGGCAAUGAGUUUCGAUGUAUUAGGAGUAUCCGUAUUUAUAGAAGCUUUCAUAUUCGUGCUUAUCCUAAUUGUUGGUUCAGUUUAUGCAUGGCGAAAGGGGGCAUUAGAAUGGUCUUAAUUCUUGACUAUUUAGACAAUAAAAAAAACAUUGAGACAGUUAUGAAUUCCAUUGAGUUUCCCUUACUUGAUCGAACAACCAAAAAUUCAGUUAUUUCAACUACAUUAAAUGAUCUUUCAAAUUGGUCAAGACUAUCCAGUUUAUGGCCGCUUCUUUAUGGUACCAGUUGUUGUUUCAUUGAAUUUGCUUCAUUAAUAGGAUCACGAUUCGACUUUGAUCGUUAUGGAUUAGUACCACGAUCGAGUCCUAGACAGGCAGACUUAAUUUUAACAGCGGGCACAGUAACUAUGAAAAUGGCUCCCUCUUUAGUUCGAUUAUACGAGCAAAUGCCCGAACCAAAAUAUGUUAUUGCUAUGGGAGCCUGUACAAUUACGGGGGGGAUGUUCAGUACUGAUUCUUAUAGUACUGUUCGGGGCGUGGAUAAGCUAAUUCCUGUAGAUGUGUAUUUGCCAGGCUGUCCACCUAAACCAGAAGCCAUUAUAGAUGCUAUAACAAAACUUCGUAAGAAAAUAUCUCGAGAAAUCUAUGAAGAUAAAAUGAGUUCUCAACGAGAGAAUAGGUCACCAGGGGGACUGUUAGCUAGUGUGUAUCAUCUUACGAGAAUAGAAUAUGGUAUAAAUCAACCCGAAGAGAUAUGCAUAAAAGUAUUUGUUGCAAGAAAAAAUCCUAGAAUUCCUUCGAUUUUCUGGGUUUGGAAAAGUGCGGAUUUUCAAGAAAAGGAAUCUUAUGAUAUGUUGGGAAUCUCUUAUGAUAAUCAUCCGCGUCUGAAACGUAUUUUAAUGCCCGAAAGUUGGCUAGGAUGGCCUUUACGUAAAGAUUAUAUCGCCCCAAAUUUUUAUGAAAUACAAGAUGCUCACUAAAUAAGAAAAAUAAAAAACCAAU